AUGCUCUCCAACCACCUCUUCCACCUCACUACCCUCGGCCUCGCCAACUCCGCAGCCGCCUUCACCUUCUACCAAAGCUGGGGCAACCCGCCCAGCGACCCAUCCAAAUGCAGCCGCGGCGCGCCGGGCGACUUCCUCGUCGACGGGCACUAUUUCCACCUCGGCACGGGGUGCACGGUCGACGGCAACCACAAGGACCAGUCUAUGAUCGUCAAGGCAGGCGAUGGCGACGCGGCGCUCGUGGCCGUCUUCUUCAGCAGCGACGACUGCGACCCGGACACGAUCAUCGCCGUGCUGGACGAGGCUACCGAGAUUGACGGCAAGACGGGGUGUUUUGAUGGCAACAUGCCAAAGUGGGUAUUCAACACGCCCCCUCGCCUUCUCACCGCCGCAGAGAAGCAGCGCAUCGCCGAGGGUAUGGCCGCAAUCUACACCAGCGCCGGCCUGCCCGCCUUCUACUGCCACGCCCACUUCCUCGAGUUCGCCGCGGACAGCGUCUACACCGCCGGCGCCCCGUCGACGGACGUCGCCACCGUCGCAAUCUACCACAUCGCCGGCGUCUUCGACAAGCCCGAGAUGGAGCAGGCGUUCCUCGCCGCCUUCGACGACGUCGUGCGCCCCGUGUUCAAGGCCAAGGGGAUCACCUGGGAGUCGGGCGUCUACGAGUCGAGGAGGGAGCUGUGGAGGGUCAACGGGGUGGCGCCGCCGGCCAGGCUGAGCGAGAUGGAGCAGAGAUGGUUCGAGGAGGGACGGGUGACUGGCGAGGCGGAGCUGUUGAGGGCGCAGCGCGGAGAAUAA